AUGUCAGGUGUAAUCGUAACGCAUGCAUCGCCUCCUACCUUUCAUUCUACAGAAACAUGGAAGCAUCUCCAUGAUGCACUGAAUCUCCAGCUCCCUCUGCGAAAUAUACACUGGAAGUCUCCCGCCCUUCAUUCCUCACGGCCCGUAAUCAGGACCAUUCAAGAGCUCUACAUCAACUUCGUCUCCUUGGACACCCUUCGCGAUGACCAAACAUCCCAGAUACCGACGACAGUCUUGGAUAAGCCCCUAUUGAACCUUUAUUUUGUGCAGUGCGAGGACAUCGAGGUAUACAGAACAAACGUUAGGAAACAAAUAAAAGGCUGGCACAAUUCCGUAACUCAGCGACGAAACCAAGAAUGGGUUAUUGUCUAUCUAGUCAGGCCUGAUCUCAGGACAGGGGACCGCAAGUUCUUUCAGAAGAGCUCCGUACUGGAUAAACUCAAGGCUGAUUUCAACUCGGACAAACGUGACAGGCAAGUGCUGCAGCUUGGUUGGUAUGCUUCGUCGCUCAAUGUCAAUCCUGCUGUAUGGGCAGAACUCUUGACGAAAGUCAAGGAUGGAUUAUUGUCUGCCUUUGAAUCUUCAAUUGCUCAUCGUGAAGAAGAGGUGAGAAGGUCAGAAACUCAAAUGAGUAUGCCAGGAUGGAAUUUCUGUACCUUUUUCAUUCUGAAGGAAAGCAUAGCUAUGUCAUUUGAGGGUAUGCACCUGUACGAAGAUGCUCUUGGUCAGUACAACGAACUUGAGAACAUCUUUUUGCAAGUUCUCCGGGAGAAGAACCUUCCAUGGUUUGGCAGCUUCAUCACCCCAGGUCCCAAAGACGACUCUAUGGCCCUCCUAUCCCCCGACAAAAAGCCCUAUCGUGACCUAAUACUUGCAAACACCAUUUCAGUGUUCGAUUUCCGUAUAUAUCUGCUCCUACGUCAAUGCAUACUGUUGAACAAGCUGAGCAAAUUCGUUGAGAUUUGUCGGAAGUCUCUGACUUUCCUUGGGACAUUCGGUCGCCGCCUUCGAGAUACGGAGGCAACGCUUCCGGAGUACUUCAUAGAGUCGUGGAUAUUUUCUUCCGCCCUCAGUGUAGUGGAACAAAUCGAAUCUUGGGCUGCAGCGUCUCGUACGGAUAGUUUUGAUAGCUCAAGACUCUUUGCUGCCAAAGGAGAACUCCUCGAAUUGGCCCGAAACCAACUCGAUGUCCUGGGGGUUGUGGCAGGUCAUCUGCCCCACAAACCACCGUUCAACAGUUAUGUUCCUCCAAAAUCACCUCCAACACGUCCCUCCCAUGGACGCACUGCUUCACGGAUCAACAAGUACCAGAUCAUGCUGGCUAUAGGCGACAAAGAUGCGUUCUAUGACUUGUAUUGUACAACAUCCAAUCGGGCCAUCGAUAUGUACGUAAAAGCUGGUCGACGAAAGUUUGCUCUCAAGCUUCACGGUAGCAUCGCGGCUAUGGAUGCCUAUCGUGGACGAUUAACCAGUGCUCUGACGAUAUUUGGGUCACUCCCUGCUCAUUAUGCACCACACAUGUGGACUUCCCUGGAAUCCUUCAUGCUUUGUAGAGCUAUAAAUGUCCACAAAUCCUUGAAUAAGCCACACAAUCGGGAGUGGAUCUACAUGCUCCUGGAUUUCUUCAAGGCCUACAUUCCUGAUACAAACCGGGAACUUUCUCCUUUGGAUCAAGAUGGUUUGAGUUCUUUGUCAACAUUGGUCAAUCACGUUGUCACUUCAGCCAAAGAGCUAGAUUCUGACUUGAUCCACUCGGACGACUACAUCAUCUCCAUUCGACCUUUGAAAAACACUAGAACACAGGCGGAUGUCUCUUUUCUUGAUGUCGUUGUGAUCAAUCAUCUUCCUUGCGAUAUAGAUGUCGAUCGGGUUAGUGUAACGUUAGUGGGGCAGGGCACUGAGCGUUUGCAAUUUGCCUCCGAGGUCCAAAGACUAACUUCGGGCGAAAUGAGAUUGACCCUUCUGUGUCACACAUCUUCCAGUGGGGCAUUCUUUGUCGAGAGCAGCGGGAUACAUAUCUCGCGACUUCACCUUCAGCAAAGCUAUAAACCUGGAGUUCCAAAAAGAGUGUCAGAAGGUCCUAACAUUGUCCACUUUUCCAAAAACACGCAAGCCUUGGAUGUGGACAUUUGUCAGCCUGCCAAAAUAUGCAUUGGAGCUCCCCCACAAUUGGCUUUUACGAUCAGAGCUGGCGUUCAUGGCGUAGUUCAGGCAACAGUCAGACUAUCAGUACCUCAAGGCAUUACUUUGCACCACCGCCAAGCUUUUCUGAAUUCUGGAGCUUGUGCAUCUGCAACCAUUGAUACUAACGAAACUUCGUUUACUGUCCGGGAUGUUCCGGAACGAACCCAAGUUCUUGUCACAGUACCUCACUCGGUUGCCUCCCGCCACCAUGCCAUGAAGGUCGAGGCCCGUGUGACGUAUCGGACAAACGAGGACCCCUUGGUGGAACAUACAUGUUGGAAAUCAAAAUCAGUUGUCAUUUCUCUACCGAUCUCUGUGAACGUUGAAGAUUUCUUUCGUGGAGCACGGUCGCUAUUUAGCCAUAUCUCAAAAUUCACAAUAUCCGCAACCACACACCAGCAUAUUCGAAUCAAGCAUGUUGAUCUUCAAGGACCGGUUGGAGGACUUGAAGGCGUUACAAUAAGUAGCUGCCGACCAUGCCUCUCAGCAGCUACUGUUACUCCCGAGACGUCAGCCAAAUACCUCUUCUCGAUAACAUCAGAUAAGGGCCCAGUCACAGAGUCCUUGUACCUCGUGAUUAGUUAUCAAUUGCUGCGUGAAGAGGUGGAAACCUUCAUAAAACAAUCGGUAAAAAAAGUGGCUUCCGAGUUUGAUGUUUGCCUAGAGGACCUUUCACGAAGAAUAAUCGAGCAUCUCGAAAGUGGCGCUGGAUGGAUUCCCCUUUACCAUAGCACUGGCUCACUCUUAAUCCCAUCUUCACUUGAUGUCAACAACAAAUUCGGACCAUCAUUUGACUCGCUUCAAAGAUUACUUUCCGAUGGACAGCAUCAAGGUUCAGCUUCAUGGCGUGAAAUUCGACUGCCAGUGGAUGUUCCCAAGGUUCUGGUAGCAGCUGGAAUUGAAAUCAUGGUUACGCCGGGAGCUAAAAGGCAAGCCAAUGGGCUACCUGUUAUAUUUGCAGGACAGCCCGUGUUUGCGACACUUACCAUUAAGAUCUCAUUACAUUGGAAUGACGACACCAAAUCAUCAUAUCGUAUGCGGUUUGAUGUGGAGGAGAUGGUUUCGGAUUGGUUAAUUUGCGGAAGGAAACGCGCAGAUUUCACAGCAUACAACGGUCAAUUGCUGUCAAUGCCGUUGACCCUUAUCGCCCUUCGUCAUGGUGAAUUAACAAUGCCGAAUGUGAUAGUUCACGCCCUUCCGUCAACAACCACUUUGGGCACGGUCGUGCCUAGUGUUGAUGUGUGUCAAGUUCACGGUGCCAAUAAACUACUCAUACUGCCGAGGGGAGGCCGUAAUACGUUCAUGGUAGGGAUGGGUCACGACUGCACAUAG